UGAAAUUUUAUAUAUUCCUGUUUAUAUGGAAUAGUGACUACUCUGAGAUCGUUGCUUGCUUUCAAUUUUAGAGGGUUUAAGAGUCUCUGUGUCGCCGCUACAACCGCAUUCUCCACCUUCCACUCUUUUUUUCUCAACCAAACACAAACACAAAUGAAUCGACGUGCGAAUCGUUCUCUCUCCAACGCCUUCUUCGCAAUCACACACUCCUCUCGCCAAUCCCCACUCCCCACUUCACCAAUCCCCUUUACACCACCGAUUCAAACCCUCUCAACCUCAAAGUUCCACUCUUUUUCCAAAAUCACCGACACCCAUUUCACGAUUCGGCACAACCUAAGAAAUUUCAGUAAUGGGUCAAGCGAGUUGGAUCACAACAAGGAAGUGGACGAAAUCAACCUCAAGUUUGCAGAAGCGAGGGAAGAGAUAGAGAUGGCGUUGGAGUCAAAGGAGACGGUUUAUUUCAACGAAGAAGCUGAGUGUGCUCGUGCUGCUGUUAAUGAAGUGUUGUCGAAGUUCGAAGGGUUGUUGGCGAAGUUGCCGGAGAAGGAGAGGGGGGCUUUGCAGAGGGCUAUGGGUCUCAAGAUUGAACAAUUGAAAGCUGAACUUUUGCAAUUGGAUGAGUAAGAUACGAGUUUUAUUAUUAUUGUUUUGACUUAUGGUUCUUACCUGUUAGUUAAUGGCUUCAAUUGGUGAUUGUAGCUUAUAAAUUAUCAAUUUAUCAGAGUAUUUAUUAAAUAGGCAAGAAUUUUGAAUAAAUGUAUUGUAAUGUAAGACACCUCUUGAUAAUUUACUCGUUGGGAUUGAUAAUUCACAACUUAAGCUUUUAUUCAUUUAAAGGGAUAUUGCAGCAUUUGUAAUUUUUUUAUUUUGGUUUGACACAACCUUGAUUUACAUCAUUUGGCUGAAUGAAUGGGAUUUACAAGCCCUCUGGUUUUGGGGAAAUGAUUGAAGAGGUGAAGAAAUUAGUUCAUUAAUAUAUUUAGGAGAAAUUAUGGUCACCAAACCAUGAAAUAUGCCACCACAUCUAUUUUAUAAAAGACAUCAAGCUCUGAUCAACUACAUUAAUCUCCCCUAUUAUGCUUAAACUACAUUAAGGAGAGUAUAUCAGAUGGAGAGAAGUUAAACAAUUAGAGGUAGAGGGUGACCUAGAAAAAUUAUAAAAUAAGUUAUUAAGAAAGAUCUCUAGAUUAACAAUUUGGAUAUAAGCAUGGUUCUAGAUAGAAUAUUAUGGCAAAAGUUGAACCAUGUAGCCGACCUCACUUAUUGGGAUAGGCUUGGUUGUUGUUGUUAAAGUGUUAUGCUGCUACUUGACAACACAUUGUACUAAAUAGUAUUUGCGCAACAGCGAUUUGUUCAAGUUCCACUAUGCUAUAGCCACUAUUUGACAAUGCUGAAAAUAAAGGGGAACUUGUCAUGUCUACCAACGUAAGGGAUGUUUAUAAGACACUAAGAAUGGACAAAUUGAACGAUGAUACUCUCACACUCUUCAUCUAUAGAACCGAACCAAACAUCUGACAUUUUGUCCUAUAUGAGGCAGAGUUUCUCUAUAGUGUGCUACCCUUUUUCUGGAGAAAAAAAGUAUCAUUUUUGUACCAUGUAAUGUUUUAUUCUACAUUUAAUAUACACUGAAUAUAGUAUAAAACUCAAUUUUUGGUGUUCUUGUUCUAACUUGCUAAGAAAGCAGCCCAUUUUUACGACGGUUAUAAAUAUCUAAACAAUUUUUGGGCAAGUUUUCAUGUGUGUUUUUGUUGUUAUUCAGUUUGUUAUACUUAACUGUGACAAAUAAAUUUAUUGAAAUUAUCCAAGCGUUGGGAGUGAACAAAUUGUGUUAUAUGCAGAAGUUGUGCAUUAUGGUGCAAUCCAUAUUAACAUAGCUUUCUGAUUAAGUGAUAAUUCUCUAGAAUAAUAUUAAGUUUUGUUUAUUAGUAUAAUGACAAAGAAGGAAAAGUGUGACUAUCAUGGAAUCUCCAUCUUAUUUGAGUGCCAUGAGUUUAAGUUGUUUCUGAAAUCAACAACAGCUGCUGGGAACAUAUAGGUUUCAUGACCAAUAGAAUACUUGGGCGCAUUCAUGACCUGAUGCUUCUUGGAAUGACUUGCUUAUAAACUGUUGGUUACGCCUAAAAGUUUAUGCUUUUGAAUCCUGAUGAUAUGAGGAAAGCAAAAUGUUUAUAUUGUUAAAAGCUUGUUAUGUAUCUCAUAACAAGGUGCUACACUACGCCUGUAGUGUUGCGAAUUCCAUGUAGAGCUGCUUUGCGGUAUUAGAAUUCAACACCAGGCCCUCUAAUGUUUUAGUCGGAAAUUUCCUUAAAAUCAAAUGUGUAGCCUCUCAUCUUUCUCCAUUUCCAUGCCCCUCAGAGGUUGACAUUGCUUGCAAUGGAUAUAGUAUGACUGAGCUCUACUUCAAAUUCUGCACAAUGAAACAGAUAAGGAUGUGAAGUUACGUAGUAAAAUAAUCUGAAUGCUUGCAUCAUAAAAGGACUGAUAAUAAUAUGGAAACUAGGGUUCAUCUAGUUCAACCCGACAAAAUUUGCCUGUAAGUUUAGAGAGAAACGUCUCACUUAUUAUAAAUACAUUUUUAGGCCAUAUUUCAUUUAGUGUCAGACUCUAAUGUCUUGACACACGCUCGCGUGCACUCAACCUAGAACUGGAGCAUGACCCUAAUGACCCAAUAACAGGUAUCUCAAGAGAUGUUGAAUAAGUUUUGAUACCAUCUUAAAUUUUGGGUUGAACCUAAUUCAACUGUAGGGGGCUUACCUAUAUGGGAGCUUCUUUUCCUACCCCACAUGCACUUAGAAAGUAUACUUCAAGUAUGCUUCUGCAAAAGUUUUUGCCUUCUAAAAGUAUACUUAUGGCAAAAAAAACACAUAUGUAGCCCGUGUCUAGAAGUAUACUUCCGGCAAAAACACAUAUGUAUCCCAUCUAGAAGUAUACUUCCGGAUGGGGAUGUGGUUAUUAAGAAACAUAUGGUGAUAAAAAUAGCUCUCCCCACUCGUGAACAUAUUUUCAGGUCAUGUUUCAUAAAAUGUGUCAGCACUUCGGUCAAAACUCUUACUACUUCACAUCGAAAUCACCAACUUCUUUCUUCUUCUUCUAUCUUUUGAUUUAGCUCCAUUGCAACCAAUCUUGACCUCUGCCGAGGUGCAAUUUUGAGACUUUAAUGUAUAAAUGGCACUUACAAAUUCGUAUGAGAUGUCUAUUCGUAACUGUUUCUGUAUUUUAACCUGACGAGUGCGCACCCUCUGAAAACAUGAGUGUUAGACCAUUUUUGCUAUGCUAACAUUUUUGUACUAAUGCAAACCAUGGUCUGGCAUGGCAAAAGCUGCAUUAGCUGGAGGUCCCAUCCCACCUACAACAUGCGGAACUACUUGUGAAGAGUCUUCCACUAUGAUCUCCACAUGUGAUCUGUGAUCAAAACCCUCCCAGAGAAGGAUAGUUUUAUAUUCAAUGAUUGAGAGAUGCUAAGAUGGGAAUUAGUUUAUCAGUAGCUGUAGUCUUUUGAAAUUUAAAGGCUAUAUUCAUUGUUCUGAAAAUAAGCAGAUAAACAGAAAAAAAAACUUGACAGAUAAAAAAUAUAUAAAUAUUGAUAAAGAUGCAAUGUAAGUCUGGAUUACAUUGUUGAAAUUAUAAAUCAGCAAGUGCCUUUCAUAGUCACCGGUGUUUCUCUUUUGUCUUGUUCUUUUUCUUUUUAUUACACAAUUGUUUUCCAUGGAAAAAGAUAUUAAGAAACAAUACAAAAUAUUUUUUAUACUAGAUCUGCUAGGUAACAAACAAAAGACAAGGAGAAUUGAUAGAGCAAGCUGAUGAACAUGAGAAUUCAACUUUUUGGCAAACACUGUCUGCAAAAUCAAAUUGCUGGUAUAGGAACAAAUCUAGUGUCUGCUAAGACACAGGGAAGAAGGAGGGGUAGUAGCAUGGCUUGUUUGUUUUUGUCUCCUUGAAUGAUGCAUCACUUUUCAAGCAUUUCUUGCCUUUACCUGAAUGGGGCCAUUGUCCACACAUAUGUUUUAUUUAACAUGAUAUGUGUCAACUGUCAAGUAUCUAUCAACUUUAUUGAUGGUUAAUUUUUUCAAUGAAUUUGACUUUAUCAUAUUUAAUCAGAUCACUCUUCUCAAUUAUAUUUUUUCUUCUAGGAGACUCAAAGCUAAGAUCUUAUUUAAGGAAUUUGAGUCCAACUAUCCAAUUGAUUCUACUAUGAAAAACUGGCAGACGCGCUUCUUAAAAUCACUACAUCACACGGUAGUGGUAGCAAUAUUGACUCUAAUUAAUAGGGAUUUGAUUUAGCUGAUUGAGAUGGAUUUUUACAAUAUGGCAAGCAAAUAUUCGAAAUACUGAUUGAAAAGUAUAUUUACAUUUAGAUUCUCCAAACCAUCUAAAAUAUGAUUAUCUUCUGUGUAGAAAAUCUAUGUGAAACAAAAAAAAAAGAGUAAUAAUUGAUUGAAAUCCAAUGAAUGUAAGAUGAAAAGAAUAAUAUCUGUGCUUGGUUCAACCAUCCCUUUACUAUGUGCAAGUAGUCUACAUCUUAACAUAACGUUUUGUUGAUAGUAUUAUUGAUGUUCCAGGAAACAUUCAGGCCAUAUAGGUUUUGUAUUUUUCGUGCCAGCCAUUCCCUCACCUUUCGGCUCUCUUGUACUCUUUCCAAUGUCACAAAUCAUUUGAAUGCGUAGAAUCUGAAUCUCAAGACAUAAAGUAAACUAUUUUUUUUAUAAAGCAUAGCUAUUUAUAUUUUAUUCAAUUUAAAAUAACUAUAGUUAACUUUAAUCUGUGAAAGUUUAAGCAAUGGAUAUUAUUUACAACCGAAGUUAAGGCUGAAAAACCGGACCAUUCAACCUACUAUAGCUAGCAUGAACAAUAAAUUACUAACCUUAAAUGUUCGGUUCUUUUAAUAGACCGAAAACAUUUCACCUCUGUGCGGCUCAUACUUGAAAGAUUGUAUACAUAUCCGAUUUUCUGGUAGGUCUAAAAAAAACAUUUCUCCUAUGUGUGACUCAUGCUUGAAGAGCUGUGUACAUGUUUGGUUUAUUGGAUUAGGUUACUUCGAGUGGGCUGGUUUCAGCCGGAUUCAAUAGAGUCGGCUCCGAUGGAUAACUCGUCUAACAAAACAGAGUCGGCUCCGAUGGAUAACUCGUCUAACAGAACAGAGUCGGGCUAAGGUAGCUUAUGGGUCAGGUUGGUCAUGCCAACCCAAAAUUAAUACGGAGACAAUAUUUGAGAUAUGAUGAAUAACACAUUUAUGGUUGAUUGAGAGCAUUAUGACAUGAGAUUUGACCGUUGUCAAACACCUUUAAGAGAUCACACGGAUUAGGGACAGUCACUUUGAUGGGCCUUGGGUAUAGAACGAGUCAGAAUUACAGUAUAAGGAGAUGAUCACAAGGAAAAAGAGAGACACAAUUGACAAAAUAGACAACUGAUCAAAAGACGACUGCGACUUUUCUUUAGUAGCUCUCACUAGCAGAGUUGUCAUUGGU